AUGUCCAAACGCCAACCCCUCAAACUCCUUAUGCUCCACGGCUACACCCAAUCCGGCCCCCUCUUCCAUGCCAAAAGCCGCGCCCUUAUCAAACACCUCACGAAAGCUUUCCCCCUCCACGAUGUGUCCGCAACCUAUCCCACCGGCCCCCUCCGCCUCAAUCCCGCCGACAUCCCCGGCUACGAACCCACUCAGGAACCCUCGACUGAACCCCUCGAAGCCUACGGCUGGUUCCGCCGCUCCAACACCGCCAAUCCCCCCGAAUACCUGGGUCUGGAGGAUGGGCUCGCUGCCAUCGCGAAAGUGAUGGCCGAGGAGGGGCCGUUUGACGGCGUGAUUGGGUUCUCGCAGGGUGCAGCUAUGGCUGCGAUGGUCGUGUCGUUGCUGGAGGAUGGGAGAAAGGAGGCGUUUGCGCGGUUUUUGGAUCCGGUGGUUGCGUCGGAGGGGAAGGGCGAGGCGGAGGAGGUUGUGGGUGGUGUGUCGUUUCCGAAGUCGUUUGAGGGGCUUGCGCAUCCGCCGUUUAAGUUUGCGCUGUGUUAUAGUGGGUUUCGCUCGCCUGGGGCGAGGUAUCGGGGUUUCUAUGAGAGUCCGGCUGUUCAAACGCCGAUUUUGCAUGUUUUGGGGUCGUUGGAUGCGGUUGUGGAAGAGUCGAGGAGUAAGGCUUUGGUUGCGGCUUGUGCUGGGAAUCCUGAGAAGGAGGGGAAGGUGGUGUGGCAUCCUGGUGGACAUUUUUUGCCCAGUCAGAGGCCGUAUUUGGAUGCUGCAGUGAGGUUUAUUAGGGAGCAAUUGGAGGGGGGUGCGAAGAAGGAUGCCGAGGAGGAGGAUGUUAAUGAUAUGGAUCUGCCGUUUUAG